UAAAGACGGCGCGCAGGUUGGUAGGAGUGCUUAAGGUGAUGGUGUAUUAGAGGCAAAGUGUUGAGGUGAACCGGAAACUUCCAUGAGCAACGAAGGCGAGAAGAGCCUGGUACACAGUGCGCCCGUCGGGCUAUGCUUUCUCCAACCUGGGAGCGAAGCAAAGCGCAGACAGAGCACGGAGCAGCGGAGGGGCACGGCGGGGAGAGAGGGACCGUGUGCGCUCUGGAGAUGGAGAUGACGAGCCGCAGCCUGGCCGGCGACUCCAAGGUGUUGGAUUAUGUGAACUGCGAUGGCUUGAUUAGUCGAAACGUCAGCGGGGACUCGUCAGAGGUGUCCGUGCCGCUGUCGCUUCCCGGGAAGCGCACGACCAUGGAGGGAGUCGACCUGUACAGACUGCGGGACAGGAAGGUUUUACUGGAGGAUAAAAAGCGGCUGUGCGCGCUGGCGCUGGGCACCGCGCUGCUCGGGAUCCUGCUCAUGAUCAUCCACGCGGAGAUAUGUCCCUACGUUUAUAAACCGGGCACAAACAUCGCCCUGAUCAUCAACUGUUCCAUCAGCCUGUCCACCGGGUGUCUCAUCAUCCUCAUCAUAGCUUUUCAUUACAAGGACAUAAGGCUGUUCAUCAAUGACCACAACCAGGUGGACUGGCGUAUUGCUUUGACCAGCCACCGAGUUCUGGUGAUCACCGUGGAGCUGUUGGUGUGCUCCAUCCAUCCCAUUGGCACAUACUGGAAGGUGGGCCUCCACGUCAACUCCUCUUCCCCAGCUCCACUCUGUGAUUACAGCCAUCACAACAGCGCCCUGCUGGACAUGGAGCUGCUGCUGUCAGUGCUGAUGUUCCUGCGUUUGUACUUGGUGCACAGAGCCAUCCUGCUGCACAGCAAAGUGCUGCUGAGUGCCUCCUACAGGAGCAUCGGCUCGCUCAACAACAUCAACUUCACCUUCCGCUUUGUUCUCAAGGUACUGAUGAACAAGCACCCAGCACGCACGCUGCUGGUCUUCAUCCUCUUCUUCUGGCUCACUGCGUCCUGGAUGCUUACGCUGUGUGAGAGGCAGACCAAUAAAUCAACAGGCCACAUAGACACAUCUCUGUGGCUCAUUGCCAUCACCUUCCUCACAGUGGGCUAUGGGGAUGUGGCGCCCACCACCAGCUGUGGCAAGGUGGUGUGUCUCUUCACUGGAGUCAUGGGUGUAGCCUGCACGGCCAUGCUGGUGGCAGUCGUCACCAAGAAGCUGGUGCUGAACAAAGGAGAGAAACAUGUGCACUUCUUCAUGCUGGACAUCCAGAUCUCGAAAAGGAUCCGCCACGCUGCUGCUAAUGUUCUGAGGGAAUGCUGGCUCUUGCACCGCACCAACCUGACAAAGGGCAACCGCGGUGAGCACCGAAGACACCAGAGAUGCCUUCUGGAAGCCAUCAGAGUAUUUCGUCAUUUACGCUUCAAACAAAGACAACUGAGGGAUUACGUAAGUGAGAUGGUGGACCUGCCUAAGAUGCAGAUGAUCAUGUGUGACCUGAGCGCCAACUGGAACAACUCCUAUCGGGAGCUGGAGCAGCGUAUCCUCUCCAUGGAGCAGAAGCUGGACGAACUGAGUCGCUGCUUCCAACAAACAUCUGAGAUGCUGUCUCAGGUCCUACGUCACCACAAGCCAGAGAUCAGGUAAACAUCACCGAGAAGUGCUUGUGACACUGUGCAGCUCUGCUAACAGCAAACUGCAGGAUGUGGUACACUGAUCUGCCCUAAUUGGAACAUGCCUGCUUAGGAAAAUAACACA